CAGAAGUUUGAGCUGUUUGACUGUUUGGUAUCUAUCAACUACUGAUCGAUUGUUCAACUCCUCAGUUUGAUUAUUUGGUGUCAAACUCUUUUCUCUUAUUUAAGAAACUUAUCCGUCUAUUUUGACGACAAAAAUUGCGCAACAACAACCACACUUGAUUGACUCAAAAGCACACAGAGAGAUGACCAAGUUAGAAUUGUCACUACUAGAAAAUGAGAGAAUUUCAACCGAAAUUUUUCGACUGAAAAUUGUAGUCGGAAAUUUCCAAUGGUUUCUGUUGGAAAAUCAGAAACAUAAUGUUAAAUAUUUUCUUAUAGUAUUUCGACCAUAUUCCGACAAUGUUAGUCUCAAAGUUUUGGCACAAAAAUACAGAUUACUUUUUUGCGACCGAUUCGGACGGUUCUUGGAAGUCAAAGGUAGCGUGCACCUCCUUCUCCGACAGCGUGCAUCUUCUCCUGCGAGAUUUUAUUUGGGCAUCGUAGAUGGAUGCAUAAUAGGAACCAUCCGAAUUGUUCGGGGUUGCGGGAUAAAUUUAUAGAAGAGGUUGCUGCUUUUAUUGCUUAGGCAAAGACACUUGAUGAUUUCCUUAUUGAAGGGACGAUUAAGUUCCCUUGUGUGAAAUGCAAGUGUGUUAAAUUAUUGGGACUGGAUAUUGUUACUGUUCAGCUAUAUAAGAAGGGUUUUAUGGAAAAUUAGUAUGUGUGGACUGUUCACGGGGAGAGUCAUACUAGUGUAGAUGAUGUUGAUUUUCAGAAUUCCUUUGGUGGUGAAGAAGAUAGUCCCAUAGCGGACAAUAAUGUUAAAAAUUCUAGAUUUAAUGAAAUGAUGAGGGGCGCUUUUGAGAUGUCAAAAGGGGCUCAAUCCGAACCAAAUGAGGAGGUUAAGAGCUUCUUCAAAUAAUUAGAGGAAGCUAGUUGUCCGCUUUAUGAAGGUUCAGUUCAUUCCAAGUUGUCUGUUGUUGUUAGAUUACUAAGUAUUAAAUCGUAUAAUUAUAUUACUCAAACUGUGAUGACUUGAAAGAUCAUUUAUAGUUUUAACCCUCAACUCUGUAUUUCGAAACCCCGAAUAGCUCUGUUUAGCCUUCCUCAAUUUGUGUGCGCAGUCCGUGUCUUUUUUCAAAAGAUUUUUAUGUGAAAAAUUGAUAAUUAAAAAAAAUGUGAAAUCGUGCUUUAAAACUCAUUUGAGUUGACUUCAGUCAACGUUUUGAACAAACAGACCCGGAUCAGUAUUUUGACGAUCUCGGUAAGUCUAUAUUGUGAUUUGGUUUCAUGGGCGUAUGCCCAGAAUCGAAUUCGGAAGUCCCUACCUUGAUUUAUCAAAUUUGUUGAAAACUAGAAGUUUGAAUGUUUAAAGAAGUUUUCGAGUUUGACCGUAGUUUGACUUGUUGUUACCGGGUCCGGAUUCUGGUUUUGGAACUUGGUAUAAGUUCAUUAGAGUAUAUAUGACUUGUUUGCAAAAUUUGGUGCAAAGCGGGGUUGAUUUGAUGUGAUUCAGAUGUUCGGUUGAAAAGUUGCAUGUUCUUAAGCUUCGUUGAAAAUUUCAUUCGUUUUGGCGUCCGAUUCAUAGUUCUAGGUAUUAUUUUGGUGUUUUGAUCGCGCAAACGAGUUCG